AUGUUUAGAAAAAAACCACCACAAGUUACAGUGGAAGAACUACAACAAACUUAUAAUGAUUGUUGUAAUGAAACAAUUAAAAAUUUAACAUUGGAAGAAGAUAAUAAUGUCGAUGAUGCUUUAAAAGGUUGGAAAAGUCUACAUACAACUUUAUUAUAUAAAUUAGAUGUAUUUGAAAAAUGUACAACAAAAUUAGAUUCUGAAGAAAAAACUUUACUUAAUGAAUUAAAGGGAAUAAGAGAUGAAAAUGUUAAACACCUUAUUAGAGUUCAAUUAAGAUUAGAUGAAAAAAAUAGAAGACUUAAAAGAGAAAAUGAUCAAAUUAAUGGGGUUCCUCCUCCUCCUCCGCCAAGAGCAGUAAGAGAUAAAAACAUUCCCUCUAUGAGACUGAACCUUCCAAUGAAUACUUCCAUUCCAAAUCCAUCAAAUCAAAGAUCUAUGAUGAAAUCUUUACGACCUCAUUCAAAUGGUCAAGCAACUACUCCCAAAGCACCAACAGCUAAUUUAAAACCUACAUCCGUUCAACAAGCAUCUCAAGCAGCGUCAAAGUCCUGGUCCAAACCAUCAAUAAAAAAAUUUGAACAUUCAACACCUCCAAAAAUAGAUGUAACAAGUUAUUUUUCAGAUUUUGAUCAAGAUACUUAUACUUCAAAUAAUAAUUCUACAAACAAUAAUUGGGAAAAAUAUGACUCAAGAUCAUCAUCUGGAUUAUCAGAAAGCUCAGAGGAUCCCAAUUUAAUAGACAUGGAUAAUGAUAUAGAGGAAGAACAAGAAUUUCAUCUCGAUCAAAAUAGUCUUUCAAAAUCAAUGGAUGAUAUAACUAUAAAACCAGUUUCAGAAAGUCCACCACCUCGUACAAAACCACAAAGAAAUGGAUUAAAUGUGCCAUCAAUAGAACAUAUAUCGAAAAGUACAACAGAUGUUAGAUCUAAAACAAAACAACCAUAUAUUUAUAACAAACCUAAACCUUUAAAUUUACAAAAAUUAAUGCAACAACUGCAUCAGAAAAAAGCAUCAACUACAGUUACAAAACCAAAAUCUAAUAUCUCCUACAAUUAUGUAAAACCAGCCACUGCAACAAAAAAAUUAGCAACAAAACCAAAGCCAAUUGCAACUACAAAUGGAAAUGGUCACACCAAAAGGGCCGUUGCCAAAAAGCAAGAAAUGGAAGAAAGUAUAAGCUCACCAACGAUGGAUGAUUUAUUGAGUGGAUAUGAUGAUACAAAUGGUGUUGAAUCCGCGACAGAUUUAAAUACUUCCUUAACUAAUCCUAAAGAACAAGAUAAACUUAUUGCAUCCAUACGAGGUAUUGAUCCAACAGCUGCGAGAAAUAUAUUAAAUGAUGUUGUUGUACAUGGAGAUGAAGUUUAUUGGGAUGAUAUAGUUGGUUUAGAAAGUGCCAAAAAUUCAUUAAAAGAAGCUGUUGUUUAUCCUUUUUUAAGACCAGAUUUAUUUAAAGGGUUAAGAGAACCAACUAGAGGUAUGUUAUUAUUUGGUCCACCAGGUACAGGUAAGACAAUGUUAGCAAGAGCUGUAGCAACAGAAUCUCAAUCAACUUUUUUCAGUAUAAGUUCAUCAUCAUUAACUUCAAAAUAUUUGGGAGAAUCUGAAAAAUUAGUUAAAGCUUUAUUUUUAUUAGCCAAAAAAUUGGCACCAUCAAUUGUAUUUAUGGAUGAAAUUGAUUCACUUUUAAGUUCAAGAACUGAAGGUGAAGUCGAAAGUACAAGACGUAUUAAAAAUGAAUUUUUAAUUCAAUGGUCUGAGUUAUCAAGUGCAGCAGCUGGUAGAGAAUCAAAUGAAGAUGUUUCAAGAGUUUUAAUAUUAGGAGCAACAAAUUUACCUUGGUCAAUUGAUGAAGCAGCUAGAAGAAGAUUUGUAAGAAGACAAUAUAUCCCAUUACCUGAAGAUGAAGCAAGAAAAUCACAAAUUAUAAAAUUAUUACAAUAUCAAAAACAUACUUUAUCAGAUGAAGAUUAUGAAAAUUUAAUUAAAUUAACUGAUGGAUUUAGUGGUAGUGAUAUGACUGCAUUAGCAAAAGAUUCAGCAAUGGGUCCAUUAAGAUCUUUAGGUGAUAAAUUAUUACUGACUCCCACUGAUCAAAUUAGACCAAUAAGUUUAGAAGAUUUUGAAAAUAGUUUGAAAUAUAUUAGACCAAGUGUUUCAGAAGAAGGUUUACAACAAUAUGAAGAUUGGGCAAAUAAAUUUGGUUCAAGUGGUGCUUAG